CUCGCUUCACCAGGUACGUGUCUCCCGCGCUUCGCAGAAAGCGGUCUGACCCAGCGGAAGUAAUUCUUCCUACUGCCCCGGAACCCACGGGAGCUUGCAGCUGGGGGUGGGGGGGGCGGCCCUGGAAUAGGGGCUGUGGCGGUACGCGGGGACCCAGCUGCGGUGGCUGCCGGGCUGACGAGCUGAAGUGCCAGGCUGGUCUCAAACUCCUGACCUCAAGUGAUCUGCCUUCCCAAAGUGCUGCGAUUACAAAUGUGAGCCACUGUACCUAACCUCUGAGAAAUCUUUGCCUACAUUGAGGGAAACUGCUAAAGUUCCUGGGGAAGCAAAGUAGAAUUUUUCAUAAGAACAAAAUGGAUGGAGAGGAGAAAACCUAUGGUGGCUGUGAAGGACCCGAUGCCAUGUAUGUCAAAUUGAUAUCAUCUGAUGGCCAUGAAUUUAUUGUAAAAAGAGAACAUGCAUUAACAUCAGGCACAAUAAAAGCCAUGUUGAGUGGCCCAGGUCAAUUUGCUGAGAACGAAACCAAUGAGGUCAAUUUUAGAGAGAUACCUUCACAUGUGCUAUCAAAAGUAUGCAUGUAUUUUACGUACAAGGUUCGCUACACUAACAGCUCCACUGAGAUUCCUGAAUUCCCAAUUGCACCUGAAAUUGCACUAGAACUGCUGAUGGCUGCGAACUUCCUAGAUUGUUAAAUAAAAUAAAUUAUAAUAAACUGUUAACUCUUUUCAGUAUUUAAUACCUGUAGUUCAGUUAGUAAUUUUUUCUUAUAUAGCAUGUUGCCUGUAUGCAGUUGAACUGUAUAAAGUUCAGUGCAAAGCAGAUUAUCUUCUGUUUUUUGCAUAGCAAUCAAAGUUGGAAUUCGUUUGCUACAUCAACAAAUUAAGGACAUUUUCACAAACUGAGAAAUAAACAAAUAUGCCAAUUC